AGCACUUUGACGGCGCUGAAGUUGAAGUUAGCAGCAGUUGAAGCGCACACGCUGACAUCUGUCUGUGUGUGUGUGUGUGCGCGUGUUCUCUCCUUUCCUUUCUGUUCAUCCUCUUUUCCACCAAAAGCACCAUGGGACUACAGCGGUCGUUGCCGUCCCGUCGAAGGACUUUUAAAGUUCCCCAAGUGUGAGCCGGGGGGAGCAAAGAGAGGGAUAUUCCCGGAGGAGUCGCCUACCUGGACCUCGAGGUUUGAGGAUCUUCAUGGACGUGCCGAAGAUGGCAGCUUUAGGAUCAGCUCUCCUCACUUUGGCGUCGGUCCUCCUGCAGGUGGCGAGGUGUCAGGGGAGCGUGGCAAAAGGAAAAGACGGCUCGCCGCUGAGGUUCACGCAUCAUCUCUACAACGCCACUAUCAACGAGAACUCCGCCCCGCGGACGUUCGUCGAGACGCCGGUGAAGAUGGGCAUCGAGGUGACCGACCCGUUCUGGCAAAUCGAAUACGACGUCGUCUCGGGCGACGACGACGGCCUUUUCCAAGCGGUGGCGGUUCAGGUCGGAGAUUUCUGCUUCCUCCGGAUCAAAACGCGCAGCAGUAACUCGGCACAGCUCAACCGGGAGGUCAGGGACGCUUACACUCUCACGGUGGCGGCGACAGAAAACACUUUUGACUUCCAGGCGAAGACGAAGGUGUCGGUCAAAGUGCUUGACACCAACGACCUCAAGCCUCUUUUCUACCCCGCCUCGUACAACGAGGCCAUCAGGGAGGACACUCCAGUUAAGUCAAGUGUGGUGAGGGUCAGCGCUACAGACGCCGACAUCGGGAGCAACGCUCAGUUUUACUACCUGUUCACCAGCAGAGCUCAUCCUUUUGCCGUCGACCCUUUCACGGGCACGGUCAGCCUCGUCAAGAAGCUCAAUCGCACCCGAACGACGAGGUACGAUCUCACGGUUUUAGCCGAGGACCGGACAAAGAAGAUAUCCGGCGUUCAAAAAUUCGGUAACGUCGCCAGGGUUACGAUAAACGUCCAAAAGACGUCCGCGGGGUCUCCGGUUAUCAAACCCGCCCUCAGACCCGUGGUAUCCACAGAUGGCAAAAUAACUAUCGAUGUCCACGUGGAGGCAGGAGUUAAGCCUGUGGAAUCCCUAAAUAUUGUUGGAGGGGAUCCACACAAGUGUUUUGAGAUAAUCCCUUUAGGCGUGCAGGGUAGUGACUUCCAAGUGAUCUCUACAAAGAGGAUUAUCUGGUCUCCUUUUGGGUUGAAUCUGUCCCUUCAAGCUAAAGACAGGAGCUUCCCGAGUUUACUCUCUCCAAUUACGCUAAUCCACGUUCCGGCCUAUCAUCACAGCUCUUUGGCAUUUUUGGAGGACACCUACAUCGUCACCCUGAGUGAGUUCUCACCCCCUAAAACUCACGUGGUUAAGGUUUCGGUCACCGCGGUACCUUACAACGUUACCUUCGGUAUUAAAAACAACCCGGACAGCACUAAAUUCAAAAUAAAUCCCCAAACCGGAAUUAUCAUAACGACGGAGAGAUUUUACUACGAGAGAAAGGAGCGAUACGAGUUUGACGUCGUGGCUAACCACGGCGACGCCGAGACCCAUGUGGUGAUCGAGAUAACCGACGAAAACGACAACGGCCCUCAGUUCAGCCGCACCUCCUACCAGGCCGCCCUGGAUGAAAACGCCCCUGUGGGCAGCAGUGUUUUGAAAGUCGCCGCCACAGACCGAGAUAAAGGAAAAAACGGCUUUGUGACCUUUGCCAUCGCGAACGCGGGGCCCUUACCUUUCGUAAUAGACCCAUUCACGGGUGUCAUCUCUACCUCCGAACACCUGGACUACGAGCUGAUGAAACGGCGGUACCACCUGAGAGUCUGGGCCUCGGACAGCGGCAGCCCUUUCAGUCAGGUCAGCGAAUGCCCCGUGACGAUAACCCUGAACAACGUCAACGAUAACCUCCCUCUGUUUGAGAGGGUGGGCUGCAACGCCACCAUACCUCAAGAUUUUCCCGCGGGACGCACCAUCGCCAAUCUGUCGGCCAUCGACGUGGAUGAGCUGCAGCAGCUGAGGUACGUCAUCGAGUCGGGAAACGAGCUCCAAGUGUUCGCUAUCGACUCGGUGUCGGGAGCCGUCGCCCUGAAGCAGCCGAUUCCCCUGCGGGAGGGUGCGUUCAAUUUGAGGGUCGUGGCCACCGACGGCAAGCAUUUCUCCGAGGCGUCGCUCGUCAGGGUGACUGUCACCAACCGGGGCGACGACGUGACGCUCCGCUGCCAGGAAACGGGCAUCUUCCAACAGCUGACGGACAAGCUGAUCGAGUCCAUCAAACCCAUUUUUACCAAUCAAGAGGAAGACCAGUUCUCCGAUGUUCACAUCACCAACCGUCAUUCUCCCAAGUUUGACUCGAGCCUCCCGGUUUCGAUCGACCUGAUGGAGGACCACCCGCAGAACUCCACCAUAAUUCAGUUCAAGGCAACGGACACGGACACCGGCUUUAAUAGUAAGCUGGUGUAUGCCAUAUCGAGCGGGAACGAGGACGGCUGUUUCUUCAUCGACGUGUUCUCCGGCGACCUUCGGUUAGUUUGCCCGUUGGACCGAGAGAGCAAAGGGUUCUACAUCUUGAACAUCACCGUCUACGAUCUGGGAACGCCACGGAGAUCCGCGUGGAAGUUCGUCGCGGUGAACGUCGUGGACGUCAACGACAAUCCUCCCGCGUUCGAUCAGCCCAGGUAUCUGGUACGGGUGCCGGAAAACACGGAGGUGGACUCCGUCAUCUUCACGGCUCGCGCCAUAGAUCCCGAUGUCGAGUCCAGCGGGAGCGUCCUGUACUCCCUGCUGACGUCCACCGACGCGUUCAGAAUCGACGAGGUGUCCGGCGAGGUGGCCGUGACGAGCGGUUUGGAUCGAGAGACCUCGCCCAGGCACGACCUCCGGAUCGCGGCCACAGACCAAGCCCAACUCGGCCCCCAGUUGUUCUCCACGGUUGACCUUGUGGUGGUUUUGCAAGACGUGAACGACAACCCGCCCAAGUUUGUACCCAAAGUUUACAAAAUUAAGGUUCCCGAGGACGUUCCCGUGGGUGCCCUCCUGGUGUGGGUCGAGAGCGUCGACUUGGAUCUGGGCGGCGGAGGCCUCGUCACCUACAACCUCAAGAAUACAGAAGGCGGGAUCUUUCACCUGGACUCCUCCACAGGCGCCUUGAUCCUCGAACGCGAGCUGGACUUUGAGAGGCGGCCGGUUUACAACCUCACGGUCCGGGCCGUCGAUCACGGCCUCCCUCGCUCCCUCUCCUCCUCCUGCUUUGUGGAGAUCCAGGUCCUGGAUGUCAACGAGAACCUCCACAGGCCCGUGUUCUCGGAGUUUGUGUAUGAAUCCGGAGUGAUGGAGGACGCAGCGGUGGGGACCUCCGUGGUCACACUGACGGCUUCAGACAAGGACCUGGGCAGAGAUGGAGUUGUCCGGUACCACAUCAAAGAAGGCUCCGGUCUUGGAGUGUUCACCAUUGACGAGGAAACAGGUGUGAUUCGUACAACGGAGGCGUUGGACCGCGAGGCGAAGCAUCACUACUGGCUCUCCGUGCACGUCACCGAUCUGGGUGCCGAGCCGCUGACCUCCUGGACUCACGUCUUCCUGGAGGUCCUGGACGUCAACGACAACGCUCCGGAGCCCUCUCAGCCGGUGUAUUUCGCGUCCGUCCUGGAGAACCUGGACAGGGUCGAGUCCGUCGUCCAGGUGACGGCGGCGGACGCGGACACGUCCUCCGAGGGGAAGCUGUCCUACCUGAUACCUGAGUCUCAUCGGACGUUGUUCGCCGUGGAUCCCCAAACGGGUGUAAUCAGCACCCUCUCGCCGUUGGACCGGGAGGUUAAACCCGAACACAGCGUCGAGGUGAUCGUCUCCGACAACGGAUCCCCGCCUCUCCGCUCCACCGCCACCGUGGUGAUCCGGGUCCUGGACGCCAACGACAACCAGCCGAAGUUCACCGACAAGCUCUUCCACGUCCGGCUGCCCGAGCGGCGGCGGCGGGCGGGCCGGCGGGAGGUGUGCAGGAUGGUUGCCCGGGACGACGACGAGGGCUCCAACGCCGCGGUGACCUACGGGAUCCUGGACGACGACGACGACGAGGGGGACGACGGGGGUUUCCAGAUCGACGCCGUGACGGGCGCCGUGACGUCGCACGGCGACUUCUGGCCGGGGAACUACAGCAUUCUCACGAUCGAAGCCACAGACCGGGGCAUCCCGCCGCGCUCGUCCACGGCGAGGCUCGACAUCGAGUGGAUCGCCCGCCCGCCGCCCUCCGCCGAGCCAAUCGCGUUCGACGAACCCCCUUUCGCCUUCGCCGUCAUGGAAACGGAGCCCGUCACUCACAUGGUGGGCAUCAUCGUGACGGAGACGCAUCGGCAGAGGUGGUUCGAUAUCACAGGUGGCGAUGAAGAAAAGGACUUUGACAUCCAGAGAAACACGGGAACCCUCUCCAUCGCCCGGCGGCUCGACGCCUCCCGGCGCUCCAACUACAACGUGACGGUGCGGGUCACCGAUGGCCACCACAGCGCCACCACACAGGCCUACAUCCGCGUGUUGGACAUGAACGAGCAUCGGCCCGUCUUCCUGACGCCGCUGUACGAGGUGAGCGUUCCCGAGGACACCUCCCCGUGGAAGGACGUCCUGCAGGUCGGCGCCGUGGACGCCGACGUCAACAGCAAGCUGGUGUUCUCCGUGCACGGCGGCCUCCAUCCGGACAGCGCCAAGCUCUUCCACCUGGACCCAAAGAGCGGCGUCCUGGUGCUGACGCAGGAGCUCGACUACGAGGAGAUCUCCGUUCACACGCUCAUCGUCAUGGUGCGUGACCAGGAGAUCCCGGUGAAGAGGAACUUCGCGAAGGUGGUGGUUCGCGUGGAGGACUGUAACGACCACUCGCCGGCGUUCCUCAGCCCCCGCUACGAGGCCAGCGUGUCCAGCGCGGACCCUCCGGGCACCGAGGUCGUCCGGGUCAAGGCCCUGGACAAGGACACGGGCAGCAAUGCCGACGUCAGCUACUCUCUGAACUCCGGGAAUAUCGACAACGUCUUCUCCAUCGACCCAGAGCUGGGCUCCAUCCGCGUGGUAAAACCUCUGGACCUUCAGCCUCAGGACCGCUUCCACCUGACGGUGAAGGCCACCGAUCAGGGCUUCCCUCAGCGCAGCGACCUCUGCUCCGUCCACGUCCACAUCCGCACCUCCGACCAAACCCCGCCUGCCUUCUCCUCGGACGAAUACCUGACGGAGAUCGGCGAGUCGAGCGCCUUCGGAACCCCGGUGGUCGCCGUCUCGGCCUCCAGCCCCGCCGCCGUGCACUACGGGAUAGAGAGCGGCGACGCCAACGGAACGUUUCGCAUCAGCCCGUACACCGGGUCGAUUUCGACGCAAAAGCCCCUCGACUUUGAGAACUGUGCCUCCUACAAGCUCACAGUCACAGCUUCCACCGCGGCCGGAGCCUCGUCCACGGCCGUCGUUCACGUCUACGUGAUCGACGAGAACGACAACGCUCCCGUUUUUCAUCGCCGGGCGUACCUGGGGCAAGUCAGCGAGUCGGCUCGCGUGACCAGCAUGGUGAUGGGAGAGCGGAACACCCCUCUGGUCAUCCAGGCCUCCGACGCAGACAGAGAUUCAAACUCUCUGCUGGUGUAUCAGAUCCUGGAACCGGAGGCCCGGAACGUCUUCAAGCUGGACCCGAGCACGGGCACCAUCUCUUUAAUCUCGCCCGUCGACUUUGAAGCCGAGGCCGAGUAUCGCUUCACCGUGCAGGCGAGGGACUCCGGGGAGCCGCCGCUGUACGCGACGGAGCCCGCCAAGGUCACCAUUCAAGUCCUGGGCGUGAACGACUGCCCGCCGCAGUUCAGCGCCCCUCUGUACGAGCCAUCCGUCAUCUCGCCGGCUGUCGCGGACGCGGAGGUGGUGCGCGUCGCGGCCCACGAUGCCGACUCGCUGGUCACGUACACCAUCACCGAGGGGAAUCUUCACAACGCCUUUUCAAUUCACCCCAAUACCGGAGUCAUCACCGUGAGCAACGUGUCAGAAUUUGGGCCUUUUUACCGGCUGGUUGUCAAAGUCUCCGACGGGCUCUACAAGGACUCGGCUAUCGUCAAAGUGAACGUAACAAACGUCACGGAGAGCGGUCUUGGCUUUCAGCAGAAAGUGUAUUCGGCGAGCGUUGCAGAAAACGUAAAAACGGUCAAAGCUGUGGCGGCACUCCAAGCCACAGGUUGUUUUUUAAACGAGCCUCUUUUAUAUUCCAUAGUCAACCCAGUGGGGAUGUUUGUAAUCUCCCAGACGUCCGGCGUCCUUGAAACAACUGGUUUCCCCUUCGACCGAGAGGCGCGGGACGUCUACGACGUGGUGGUGAAGGUAGAAGACGUGAGAACGCCGCCUCGGACAGCGACCGCCCGGGUCAAGGUCUUCAUCGACGACGUGAACGACAACGCUCCGCAGUUUCUAAACUUGCCUUUUUCAAUGGCGAUUUCCGAAACCGCCGAUCCGGGAGACGUCUUGUAUCAAGCGACGGCCGUCGAUGGCGAUCUGGGAGAGAACGGGUCCAUCGUGUACUCGCUGGAGGACGACUACGGCCUCUUCGGGAUAGAUCCCGACAUCGGGGAUGUGACCCUCCGAAGGCCUCUUGACUUUGAAGCUCUGAAUAAGUAUGUUUUGACCGUCUUGGCUACAGACGGCGGCGAGCCCGCACACGGCGCAAUGGCACAGCUCAGCAUUCAAGUCAGGAAUCAAACCAACCCCGUUUUCCAGACCCUUUUGUAUCCCCUGAAAGUCCCUGAAGACGUGCCCCCGCUCACCACCAUCUUACACGUCCAGGCCAGGAAUCCAGAGGGCUAUCGGCUCAUCUACAACCUGGAAGAGGAAAACGGCUCGCAGCACUUCCACAUCGAUUUCAAAACCGGCGUGCUGACCGUCGCCGACCCCCUGGACCACGAGAGCCAAACCACGCACGCGUUGACGGUUCGCGCCACCGACUCUGUCACCGGAGCUUUCUCGGAGGCCUCCGUUGACGUGGAAGUAGAAGACGUGAACGACAACGCGCCGGUUUUCUCAAAGCCAGCGUACGCUGUGACCUUAGAGGAGGGCCUCCCAAUCCACACUGCUGUGGUGCAGCUUUCUGCCUCCGAUAGGGACUCUGGCAGAAAUAAAGAUCUGACCUUCCAGCUGGUGAAGACGGAGAGUAACGAGACAGAUUUCUUUGAGAUAGACCCCCGUAGCGGAUUGAUCGUCACGAAACAGGUGCUGGACCAUGAAAACACGAAACACUUCCAUUUGAAAAUCAAAGCCACCGACAACGGCAGCGUUCCUCUCAGCAGCGAAGCCCACGUCUUCAUAAAUGUCACCGACGUCAACGACAACCCGCCGGACUUUGCGAGCUCCCAAUAUGACGCCUCUCUGGAUGAAAUGGCAAAGUGCGGCCACAUAGUCAUCAAGAUCCAAGCGUCGGAUCCGGACUCCGGGGACCCGGACAACCUCAGGUACAAAAUCCUCUCGGGGAACGAAGGCCGCUACUUCAACAUCAACGAGUCUUCGGGAAUCAUCUCCUUUUCCAACGUCUGCAAGAGGAAUCUGGAUCCUUACUACAACCUGACGGUGGCGGUGUCGGACGGGGUGUUCCAGAAAACGGCGCCGGUGAACAUCGACAUGAUAAACAGCAACAGGCACAGUCCGCAUUUCAAGCAGAGCGUCUACGAAGCGGAGUUGGCCGAAAACGCCGAGGCGGGGACCCGGGUGAUCCGGUUGGCGGCCGUCGACCCCGACGACGGGCCGUACGGCAGCGUUGACUACACCAUCAUAAACAAGCUCGCCGACGAGAAAUUUGCCAUCGACAUCGACGGGCAGAUCGUCACGACGCAACCGCUGGACAGAGAGAACCCGGCCCAGAGGGUCAUCGCCAUCAAAGUGAUGGCGAAGGACGGCGGCGGAAAAGUGGCCUUCUGCACGGUCAAGAUCAUUCUCACGGACGAGAACGACAACGUCCCCCAGUUCAAGGCGUCGGAGUACCAGGUUUCAAUUCAGUCGACCGUCAACAAAGGCUCCCCCGUGAUCCAGAUCGUGGCUUACGACGCGGACGACGGCAAAAACGCCGACGUCACCUACACGGUGGACGAAGCCGGAGGGGCGACCGAAGACGUCAUCGAGAUAAACCCUUUCACCGGAGUCGUGAGCGUCAAGGAGAGCCUCGUCGGCAUGGAGAACAAAAUCUUCAACUUCAAAGUGAAAGCUCGCGACGGCAGCGUUCCGUUCUAUAACUCCACGGUGCCCGUUCAAGUCAAAGUGGUUCCUCCCGAGGUUCCCCUCCCGAAGUUCUCAGAGCCCCUCUACAGCUUCUCGGCCGCGGAGGACAUCCCCAUAGGGACGGAGGUCGGCUCGGUGAGGGCGGACUCCAAGAUGCCCCUCAUCUACAGCCUGGUGAACGGGAACACCGUGGAGAGCAACAAGGACAAAGUGUUCAGCAUGGACAAAGAGAGCGGGACUCUGCUGCUGCAGAAGACCAUCGAUCACGAAAGGACCAAAUGGUAUCAGAUAGACGUGAUCGCUCGGGGGAGCCACAACGGGACCGACGUGGCGUCGCUGGUGUCCGUCAGCAUCCAGGUCCAAGAUGUGAACGAUAACCAGCCGCUGUUUGAGGCGAACCCGUACAGGGCCUUCCUGGCUGAGAACAUGCCCGCUGGAACCACCGUCAUCCAGGUGACCGCCAACGACCCGGACACGGACACGAACGGCCGCGUGACCUACACCUUGGCGUCCCGACCCGAGGACGCCGCGGCGGACGCCACCGAGGUGUUCUCCAUCGACGGCGACAGCGGCUGGAUCACCACCGCGCGGCAGACGGACUGCGAGGCCGCCAGGUUCUACCGGUUCGACGUGGUCGCCACGGACCGCGGCGGCGACGUCAAGCUGUCGUCCAGCGUCCUGGUGGAGGUGACCGUCACGGACGAGAACGACAACCCGCCGCAGUUCUCCGCCAGCGCGUACCGCGGCUCCGUGGUGGAGAACAGCAGCCCCGGCGAGGUCAUCGUCUCCAUGACGACCGCGGACGCCGACGUCUCGCUGGAGAACCGCCUCGUGACGUGUUACAUCACAGACGGCGACCCGCUGGGCCAGUUCGCCAUCAUCCAGGAGGACGAGGGCGAGUGGGGCCUGAUCGUGAAGGAGGCCCUGGACCGAGAGGCCAAGGACCGGUACACGCUCAGGGUCACGGCCACCGACGGGAAGUCCGAGGCGCCGGUCACCGUGGACGUCCACGUCCUGGACGUCAACGACAACAGUCCGCAGUGCGAACAGCUGGCGUACGCCGAGGCGGUGAUGGAAAACUCGCCCUCCAGCACGUUCGUGCUGAAGGUUUCGGCGUCGGACGCGGACGCCGGCGCCAACGGCCAGAUCUCCUACAGCCUGCACGGCGCCAACGCGGACAAGUUCCACCUCGACCACCGGACAGGUGAGCUGUUCACUCUGGCCGUGUUGGACCGGGAGAGGGAGGCGGAGUACAACGUGGCGGCGAAGGCGACGGACGGCGGCGGGCGCUCGUGCCAGGCCGACAUCCGGCUGACGAUCCAGGACGCCAACGACAACCCGCCCCGCUUCUCCUCCAGCCGCUACGAGGUCACCGUGUUCGACAACACCACCGUCGGGACUCCCGUCGCCGUCGUGUACGCCACGGACCCGGACGCCGGUAUAAACUCUGAGGUGAAGUACUCCCUGCUGGCGGGCGACGGCGGCUACUUCUCUCUGGAAGAGUUCUCCGGGAUCCUGCGGCUGGAGCGACCCCUGACCUCCGACGCGCCGCCCGCCUUCGAGCUGAAGGUGAAGGCCGCCGACCGCGGCCUGCCCCGCCACCUCUUCUCCGUCGCGGCCGUGACGGUGGACGUGGUCUCCCUGGACGACUACCAGCCCGUCUUCCUGAGCUCGGAGUACACCGCCCGGCUCCCAGAAUCCCUGGCGGUCGGGUCGCAGGUGCUGAGCGUCUCCGCCCUGACGGAGGACGGCGACGGGCCGGAUCCCGUCGUCUACCGGAUCGCGUCCGGCAACGAGGAGGAGCGCUUCCACCUGGACGCACGGACAGGCCUGCUGACCCUCGUGGCCCCGCUGGACUACGAGGGCUCCCGGGAGUUCUACCUGGCCGUGGAGGGGAGCCGCGGCAAGUCGUCCCUCAGCGACCUCGCCACGGUCGUCGUGGAGGUGACGGACGUGAACGACAACGCGCCGGCGUUCGGGCGAGGCGACUACAGCGCGGAGGUAUCGGAGGACCUGACGCCCGGCAGCCUCGUGAUGAAGGUAACGGCCAGCGAUCAGGACGGUCCCAUCAACAAUCUGCUGCGUUACUCCAUCGUGAGCGGGGACGCUCUGCAGCAGUUCUCCAUUCACCCUCGCAGCGGAGAAAUCACUGUCCGCACGGCACUGGACAGGGAAGAGGUCCCUCACUACUCUCUGACGGUGCAGGCAGCAGAUGAAGGGGCUCCUCCUCUGUCCUCGGCCGUCCUCAUCGCCAUCACCGUCACCGACGUCAACGACCACGCGCCCGUCUUCUCCCAGGUCAACCACAACCUGCUGCUGCAGGAGGGCGAGUCGGUGGGCAGCGGCGUCCUCCAGCUGGUGGUGACGGACGGGGACACGCCCAGGAACGGCCCGCCCUUCUCCAUCCACAUCGUCAGCGGCAACGAGGACCGCCGGUUCCACGUGGACCAGGGCGGCCUGCUGUCGCUCGCCGCGCCGCUCAGGAAGAAGGUCAAGCCGCGUCACCAGCUCAAGAUACAGGUGACGGACAGCGGCCACCCCCCCCUCUCCUCCAUCUGCGUGGUCAACGUCAACGUCACCGAGCAGAGCAAGUACCCUCCCUCCGUCGCGCCCCUGGAGGUCUUCAUCACCACCUCCGGCGGGCUGUUUGCCAACCGGGUCAUCGGCCGGGUCCACGCGUCGGACCAGGACCCGCAGGACGUCCUGGUCUACGGGCUGGUGUCCGAACACCCGGGCGGAGGGAGGUUCUCCGUCGACCUCGCCGACGGCAAAAUCUGGGCGGACGAGAACCUGAAGGAGGGUUCCUACUCGCUCAACGUCAGCGUGACGGACGGGAAGUUCGCGGUGUGGACGGGGGUCCGGGUCCACGUGUGGGCGGCGGACCAGAGGGAGCUGGACUCCGGCCUGACGCUGCAGCUGGUGGGGCUGUCGCCGGAGGAGUUCCUGGGCGACCACUGGAGAGGCCUGCAGCGCGGCCUGGGACAGGCUCUGGGUCUACCCAGGCAGGAGCUUCACCUGGCCAGCCUGCAGCAGGUACCCGACACCCGGGGGGUCCUGGAGGCCCUGCUGGUCUGGAGGCCUCCGAGUGGACUCGUCCAGGCUCUGCCAACCAACCGGCUCGCAGGUGUCAUAUCGGACGUGGAGGACUCUCUGGGCCUCAGCAUCCUCCGGGUGAGCCACAACGGGUGUCUGGGCGCCGGCUGCCCGCCGCGAGGCUGCAGGAACGCCGUCCGGCUGACGGCGGAAGGACCGAGCCAUUUCACCACCGCCAGAGCCGGUUACAUCACGCCGCGCCACACCUGGGAGAGCGUGUGCCCGUGUAACGAGUCGGCGGUGAGCUUCGAUGGUACGAAGUCCUACCUGAAGUACCUUCACCAGAUGGACGAAGACCACCAGGACUUCCAGCUGUCGCUGCGGUUCAAGACCGUCCAGGACCGCGGCCUCAUCGCGUCCACCAACAGCACCGACGGCUGGGGAGCGCUGCAGCUGACCGAUGGAGAGCUGCACUUUGGGUUCGGCUGCGGGAACGCGCCCCCCGGCUCGCUGCUCGCCGCGUCCGCCCCGGUGUCCGACGGCCGGUGGCACGCCGUCCUGCUGGAGGUCAACUCCAGCGCCCUGCGGCUGACCCUGGACCAGCACCGGCCGGCCUCCGUCCCGCUGGCGGCGCCGUGCCGGAUGAUGAGCUCCCACGGCGCGCUGCUCUUCGCCUCGCCGGCUGGGGAGCCGCGCGGCUUCGCCGGCUGCCUGGACGCCCUGGAGCUCAACGGGGAGCCCAUCCGGGCGGGCGACGACGCGGCGGCGGAGUGGCCCGGGCCGGGCGGGGCCAGGCGGGUGUUCGGGGUGUACCAGUGCUGCGGCAGGGCGGCGGCGGCCUGCGACGGCCGGCCGUGUCACAACGGAGGCGUCUGUGAGGACGCCGGCAGCGGAGAGCCGCGCUGCAGGUGUGCGGGACUCUUCCACGGCGCCCGCUGUGAGCUGCUCGACAACCCGUGCGCCUCCCGGCCGUGCGCCCAGGGCCGGGCGUGCGUGCCCAAACCUCAAGGUUACAUGUGCAGCUGCUUGCCGGACAACACGGACACACGGUGUCACAAUAAAACCGAGUGUUGGCCCAAUACGUGUGGCGGAGGCUUCGAUUGUAAAGUCACCGACGGCUCCAUCCACUGCGACCCGCUGCCUCUGGUGUCUCCAAUCAUCGGCUACGUGGAAAUCAUGGAGAUCAGCGCCAGCGUGCUCGGGUUACUCUUCUUGGUCGGCGCCUUCGUUUGCAUCCGUAAACGUUACGUUCAGCAGAAGAAGAAGAAGCCCGUCUGCGUGCAGGACUCCAACGGCUACUCCCAGCCCGGUCUGACCAAGAGCCUCAAGUCCAGCCACCACGAAGCCACCACCCUGGAGAUGAACUCGCUGGUCGACGCCAUCAACGACCUCGACCACACGCCCUUCAGGUCGCUGCGCCCUCGCAGCCAGAUCGUGUCGUCGGGGGGCGGGGCUUGCUCUCCGAAGACGCAGAGGCCGGUCGUGUGCAGCGUCGCCCCGAACCUCCCGGCCAGGCCGCCGUCCGGCUCCGACAACGACUCCAUCAGGAAGAACCAGUGGGACCAGGGCUACGAAGUCUAUCCGGCCGACCCGGACUACUACGGCCGCCCGGCGGUGCAGGAGUUCCCCCAGUUUGACAUCGUGGAGGACUCCUCCGCCUCCUCCACCGUGGACUCGCGCAGGAACUCUCGAUUCGGCGGCUUCCCGUUCCCGCUGGAUCGCUGCGACCGCCGCGCCCCGCUGCCGCCCUGCUACAGCAACCAGAACCUGGACGACUUCCUGGGCCCCGACGGGCUCCCUCUGCCCACCGCCCAGUGCCCCAACGAGUACACCGCCAUCAGCUACUACCCCACGCAGCACGCCCGCGGCGCGGACGACGUCUCGGGGGGCUACAAGAAGCUCAGCAUGCGUCUGAGCGUGGCCAUGCCGUCGUACGCGGAGCAGCCCGGCCCGCCGCCGCCGCCCCUGCAGGCGCCGAAGCCGAAGCCUCAAACGAGACGGGCGGGGCCGAACCCGAGCAGCUACGACGCCUCCAGCAUGGUGGAGAGCGACUACGGCAGCUGUGAGGAGGUGAUGUUUUAAGAGUCCAGAGCCGACGUCCUUUUUUUUAAACAUUUUAUUUCAGUGGCAAUUUGCGUCCUUUUUGGGUGAUUAUUCACUUCCUUUAGGGGACCCGAGACAGUGCGAGUGCACGCCACUACGAAGGCAGCUUCGUGUGCGGGCGCACCUCUCGGACGGGGAGUCUUUUCCUCGGGUUCUUUCAUUGGUCACGUUAGACGGGAGGUCACUCCUCGGAGAAGGUUGAGCAGAGAGACCAUCGGACUCUCAGGAGGAGCCGGGGACGCCGCUUCAUCGAGACGUGUGCAAAACAACCUGCGUAGCGAACCGGCCGGCGAGGCCGAUAAACCGCUUUGACGAACAUUGUUUAUCGUUUAUCUCGUUGGCGUUUCUGGCCGCGUGUGUUUGCGUUCGCCGGCCCACGAUUUUCCCAAUCUAAAAGGUAUUAAGAGCACAUUUCAUGCAGGAUGAACAUUUCGUUGGACUCUAUAAUCUGCUCUUUGUUGUUGUUGUUGUUGUUGUCACAACGAGCGGGGGCCGGAUCCUCGUCAACAGCUCAACGUCGGUCGUGUUUUUUUUUCACUUUUUGAUUGUUUACGAGCUUCAACACUUUGUUUCCAUCGCUGUUAACUCUCAGCUUCUCCCGCUGGUAUUAUAUUUUGGAAGAUGCUCUGCAGUGUCAAUCACCCCCCCCCCCCCCCCCCCCCCCCACGAUAAAGGGAACACUUAAUGUGGGGCAAUAAAUAAAAUGUCUAUGCAGCCGUUUUAAAUGGUGUAAAUAUGCAAAGCCUCAGAUGAAAAGAAAUGUUGUUUUGGUCAAGAUGCUUGUUGUUGUGCAUUAUUCAACGUAUUCAAAAGAGUCAACAACAUCUCCUAAAACCAACUGUUUGACAGUUAAGAACCACAAUUUAUUAUCAUUUUAUUUUAUUAUCGUCGACAUUUCCUUCAUAACGAAUUUAGAGCAACAAAUCAUUCUGAGUGGGCUUUUUUUAAUCGUAAAAAAUGGCUUUUAAGCAAAUAGAAUUUUUCAUUUCAGCUCUUAACUUCUUGUUUUUCUGUAAUUAAUUAAUUGGUAAAUAAAUAUUCAGUCUGUAUUCAUACGCGAUGCUCAAAUCCGAUGUUUCUCAUCACAUAUAAAGAUAUAUAAACCUUAGAUCCUUUUGAAUUGAAUAUUAUGGGUCCUUAAUGUCAAACAUCAAAUCAUAAAUUCAAUAGCGUCUCGUAAUUUGCUUCGUAAAUCAAUUUUGUGAGCGAGAAAUUGGAUUAUUCUUUGUUUGUAUUUGUUAAAUAUCGGGGACAUUGUUGUAUUAUAAACAAAAGGUUGUCUUAACCAGGCUGUUAUCAAAUAUACUAUAUAACCAAGAUCUUCGGCUCAUUAUCAUCAUCGUCGUCUCCACUUUAUUCCGAUUUUGGUAACUUAUUAAUUGUGAAAUCUGACGACGGUAAAUCCUCGGUUCAAAGCGUGAUUGUUGGUGAGUGUUGUUGUUGUUGUUGUUGUUGAUGUGUGUUACUGAACGACGUCUGUGGAUCUCUGGCGGUUUAACUGACUAGAGAGAGUUCAGUAAAAAAAGACCUUAAAUGUGUGCAGGUGUCGU